AUGCUGAAAGUGUUUUUCUUUUCACAGCGUAGCAAUGCAAUUCCAGCUCACAUGCAGGUACUGACAGCAUUAAGGUUUUAUGCCACAAGUUCAUUUUACACUGUGCAUGGAGACCUUCAUACCGUCAGUGUACCAUCAGUGUGCAGGAUAGUACAUGGAGUAACACGGGCAUUUUGCAGACUGGCAAACGUAGUCAUCAGGUUUCCUGCAAACUUGCAAGAGGAAAUGCAAAAAAAAAGAGAAUUUUUUGCACUGGCCAACUUCCCUGAUGUGAUUGGAGCAGUUGACUGCAGCCACAUUCGCCUCUAUGGAGCACCAUUAGGUGAUAAUGAACAUCUGUUUGUCAACAGAAAAGGGUUCCACAGCAUAAACGCCCAAGUGAUCUGUGAUGCGAAGUUUAACAUCAUAAAUGUGGUUGCCAGAUGGCCGGGGAGUAUGCAUGACAGUGCUAUUUUUCAUGGAAGCCGUAUCAGUGACAGAUUUGAAAAUGGGAGAUUCCAUGGAGUUCUCAUUGGCGACACAGGGUAUGCCCUUCGUCCAUGGCUGAUGACCCCUGUACAAGAUCCAGCAACAAAUGCUGAAAGAAGAUACAAUAGGAGUCAUAGACGAACACGGGUUGUCAUUGAGCAAACCUUUGGACAGCUCAAGAGAAGAUUUCCUUGCCUUUCCCUUGGAAUGAGGGUAUCCCCAGAAAGGGCAUGCUUCAUCAUAAAAGCUUGUUGUGUACUCUUUAACAUCUCCAAGAGUCUCAGGGAGCCUGAAUUUGAUGGUGAUCUUGAUGAAGAUGCAGACGACAACUAUGAAGAUGAAGGCAUUCAGUACAACGGCCCUUUGCAUGAUGGCACAGUCAAGAGGAACGAACUAAUCAAUCGCUAUUUCUAAGAGAGAGAACAAGAUUUGUCAGGGGGUUGUAAAUAAGCGAUUAAAAGGGUAGCGACGAGUUCUUAAACGGCAGUUAAAACCGGCAGGGUCAUGGCAUGUGUUCGACGAGGGCCUUUUUUGCACGGCAAAAAAACAUGCAAGGUUUUAAACGGCCGUUUAAGAACAAGUCACUAGUC